UGUCAACACUGUCAAACCAUAUUCUUCAAAUCGUCUCGACAGUUUUGAUGGAGUUAACACGCUUGACGAUUUCAUUAAUUCCAAUGCUGUAAACGACUAAUCUAAUCCUCAAUUAAUGUAAAUACUCUCAGAAGUUUUGUGUACGUGUGCUUGUAAGAGUCAAACUAAAAUUGAAUCUCGGCGUGAAUUUCUGAUAACUUUCAGAGAACGAAGCAAAGCAUCGUUUUUCUUUUUUCGGUGCAAAAUUCAAUUUUCGGGCAUGAAGGUCUCAGGGAUGUGACAUCAGAUGUGAGGACCCAAUUAUAUGUAUACAGAAAUGGAUGAUCUUGAGCAACAAUGCGAAGACGUGUUAUUUGAUUUGUGUGACACUAGAGAGAGGUAUCCAUUGCUAUGUGCAAAGGAGCUUGAGAAGUUCAUCAAGCUUACCAAUGAAAUACAUAUGAUGAAGGUUCUUGUAAAGCCAGCAAAAAUUCUGGAUGUUCCAUCUUUCACAAAAGAGCACUCAGCAAUGCUUAAAAAGAAUUUCUUGAAAACCACUGAAUUAUUGAAGACGCAAGAACAUAAAUUGCAAGUGAUGAUAGAUAAAAUUAAUAACUUGACAAUAACUUUAGAUCAGAUUAAGAGAGACAAGUUAUCCGAUAUGAAUAAGUUAUUAUGGGAUUAG